GUCUGCACCUACGCGAAGGAGCCCUCCGCCCCACCCUUGGACAGGGUGGGCCUCUACCACGAAGUCAGCAACAGGACCAGAGGCAUCACGCAGCUGGGCCCUUACCGCCUGGACAGGGACAGCCUCUACGUCAACGCUUACAACGAGCAGCCAGUCCUGCCCGCUCCCACCCACCCACCUACGACCGCUGCAGCCCCCGAGCGUUUCACCAUCAACUUCACCAUCACCAACCUCCCCUACAGUUCCGACCUGGCGACUCCCGACUCGGCCAAGUUCAACACGACGCGAAGAGUCAUGGCCACCUUGCUUCACCGCCUUCUGAAGGACAGCAGCAUUGGCCCCGCUUUCCUGGGAUGUGAAACAACAGCCUUCAGGCCCGUCAGGCAAGGGGACGGCACGGGGGUGGACGCCGUCUGCACCUACGCGAAGGAGCCCUCCGCCCCACCCUUGGACAGGGUGGGCCUCUACCACGAAGUCAGCAACAGGACCAGAGGCAUCACGCAGCUGGGCCCUUACCGCCUGGACAGGGACAGCCUCUACGUCAACGCUUACAACGAGCAGCCAGUCCUGCCCGCUCCCACCCACCCACCUACGACCGCUGCAGCCCCCGAGCGUUUCACCAUCAACUUCACCAUCACCAACCUCCCCUACAGUUCCGACCUGGCGACUCCCGACUCGGCCAAGUUCAACACGACGCGAAGAGUCAUGGCCACCUUGCUUCACCGCCUUCUGAAGGACAGCAGCAUUGGCCCCGCUUUCCUGGGAUGUGAAACAACAGCCUUCAGGCCCGUCAGGCAAGGGGACGGCACGGGGGUGGACGCCAUCUGCACCUACGCGAAGGAGCCCUCCGCCCCACCCUUGGACAGGGUGGGCCUCUACCACGAAGUCAGCAACAGGACCAGAGGCAUCACGCAGCUGGGCCCUUACCGCCUGGACAGGGACAGCCUCUACGUCAACGCUUACAACGAGCAGCCAGUCCUGCCCGCUCCCACCCACCCACCUACGACCGCUGCAGCCCCCGAGCGUUUCACCAUCAACUUCACCAUCACCAACCUCCCCUACAGUUCCGACCUGGCGACUCCCGACUCGGCCAAGUUCAACACGACGCGAAGAGUCAUGGCCACCUUGCUUCACCGCCUUCUGAAGGACAGCAGCAUUGGCCCCGCUUUCCUGGGAUGUGAAACAACAGCCUUCAGGCCCGUCAGGCAAGGGGACGGCACGGGGGUGGACGCCGUCUGCACCUACGCGAAGGAGCCCUCCGCCCCACCCUUGGACAGGGUGGGCCUCUACCACGAAGUCAGCAACAGGACCAGAGGCAUCACGCAGCUGGGCCCUUACCGCCUGGACAGGGACAGCCUCUACGUCAACGCUUACAACGAGCAGCCAGUCCUGCCCGCUCCCACCCACCCACCUACGACCGCUGCAGCCCCCGAGCGUUUCACCAUCAACUUCACCAUCACCAACCUCCCCUACAGUUCCGACCUGGCGACUCCCGACUCGGCCAAGUUCAACACGACGCGAAGAGUCAUGGCCACCUUGCUUCACCGCCUUCUGAAGGACAGCAGCAUUGGCCCCGCUUUCCUGGGAUGUGAAACAACAGCCUUCAGGCCCGUCAGGCAAGGGGACGGCACGGGGGUGGACGCCGUCUGCACCUACGCGAAGGAGCCCUCCGCCCCACCCUUGGACAGGGUGGGCCUCUACCACGAAGUCAGCAACAGGACCAGAGGCAUCACGCAGCUGGGCCCUUACCGCCUGGACAGGGACAGCCUCUACGUCAACGCUUACAACGAGCAGCCAGUCCUGCCCGCUCCCACCCACCCACCUACGACCGCUGCAGCCCCCGAGCGUUUCACCAUCAACUUCACCAUCACCAACCUCCCCUACAGUUCCGACCUGGCGACUCCCGACUCGGCCAAGUUCAACACGACGCGAAGAGUCAUGGCCACCUUGCUUCACCGCCUUCUGAAGGACAGCAGCAUUGGCCCCGCUUUCCUGGGAUGUGAAACAACAGCCUUCAGGCCCGUCAGGCAAGGGGACGGCACGGGGGUGGACGCCGUCUGCACCUACGCGAAGGAGCCCUCCGCCCCACCCUUGGACAGGGUGGGCCUCUACCACGAAGUCAGCAACAGGACCAGAGGCAUCACGCAGCUGGGCCCUUACCGCCUGGACAGGGACAGCCUCUACGUCAACGCUUACAACGAGCAGCCAGUCCUGCCCGCUCCCACCCACCCACCUACGACCGCUGCAGCCCCCGAGCGUUUCACCAUCAACUUCACCAUCACCAACCUCCCCUACAGUUCCGACCUGGCGACUCCCGACUCGGCCAAGUUCAACACGACGCGAAGAGUCAUGGCCACCUUGCUUCACCGCCUUCUGAAGGACAGCAGCAUUGGCCCCGCUUUCCUGGGAUGUGAAACAACAGCCUUCAGGCCCGUCAGGCAAGGGGACGGCACGGGGGUGGACGCCGUCUGCACCUACGCGAAGGAGCCCUCCGCCCCACCCUUGGACAGGGUGGGCCUCUACCACGAAGUCAGCAACAGGACCAGAGGCAUCACGCAGCUGGGCCCUUACCGCCUGGACAGGGACAGCCUCUACGUCAACGCUUACAACGAGCAGCCAGUCCUGCCCGCUCCCACCCACCCACCUACGACCGCUGCAGCCCCCGAGCGAUUCACCAUCAACUUCACCAUCACCAACCUCCCCUACAGUUCCGACCUGGCGACUCCCGACUCGGCCAAGUUCAACACGACGCGAAGAGUCAUGGCCACCUUGCUUCACCGCCUUCUGAAGGACAGCAGCAUUGGCCCCGCUUUCCUGGGAUGUGAAACAACAGCCUUCAGGCCCGUCAGGCAAGGGGACGGCACGGGAGUGGACGCCGUCUGCACCUACGCGAAGGAGCCCUCCGCCCCACCCUUGGACAGGGUGGGCCUCUACCACGAAGUCAGCAACAGGACCAGAGGCAUCACGCAGCUGGGCCCUUACCGCCUGGACAGGGACAGCCUCUACGUCAACGCUUACAACGAGCAGCCAGUCCUGCCCGCUCCCACCCACCCACCUACGACCGCUGCAGCCCCCGAGCGUUUCACCAUCAACUUCACCAUCACCAACCUCCCCUACAGUUCCGACCUGGCGACUCCCGACUCGGCCAAGUUCAACACGACGCGAAGAGUCAUGGCCACCUUGCUUCACCGCCUUCUGAAGGACAGCAGCAUUGGCCCCGCUUUCCUGGGAUGUGAAACAACAGCCUUCAGGCCCGUCAGGCAAGGGGACGGCACGGGGGUGGACGCCGUCUGCACCUACGCGAAGGAGCCCUCCGCCCCACCCUUGGACAGGGUGGGCCUCUACCACGAAGUCAGCAACAGGACCAGAGGCAUCACGCAGCUGGGCCCUUACCGCCUGGACAGGGACAGCCUCUACGUCAACGGUUACAACGAGCAGCCAGUCCUGCCCGCUCCCACCCACCCACCUACGACCGCUGCAGCCCCCGAGCGUUUCACCAUCAACUUCACCAUCACCAACCUCCCCUACAGUUCCGACCUGGCGACUCCCGACUCGGCCAAGUUCAACACGACGCGAAGAGUCAUGGCCACCUUGCUUCACCGCCUUCUGAAGGACAGCAGCAUUGGCCCCGCUUUCCUGGGAUGUGAAACAACAGCCUUCAGGCCCGUCAGGCAAGGGGACGGCACGGGGGUGGACGCCGUCUGCACCUACGCGAAGGAGCCCUCCGCCCCACCCUUGGACAGGGUGGGCCUCUACCACGAAGUCAGCAACAGGACCAGAGGCAUCACGCAGCUGGGCCCUUACCGCCUGGACAGGGACAGCCUCUACGUCAACGCUUACAACGAGCAGCCAGUCCUGCCCGCUACAGCUGUAUCUUCUACAACUGGGAUGUUCAUAGUGAAUUUCACUAUAACUAAUCUCCAGUACUCUAGGAGUCUCAGAAAUCCCUAUUCUGCCAAGUUUAGUGCUACAGCUAGAGUCCUGACUGCUCUGCUUAAUCAGCUGUUCAAAAAGACUAGUAUUCAUUCUGUGUAUACAGGCUGCAAAAUAAUGGCUUUCAGACCUGCACAGAAGAUUGAAGACACUGGAGUAGAUGCUGUAUGUACCUACAAAAUAGAUUCUGAUGCUUCCCAGUUUGAUCGAGUGAUUGUUUACCAGGAAGUGAGCAACAAGACAAAUGGCAUCACCCACUUAGGAAUCUACAGCCUCGACCAAGAAAGCUUGUAUAUCAAUGAUUACCAUGAAGCCCAGAUCUUGCCUUCAGCAUCUCCAGCUCCUCCUCUUGCAAGAGAGGGACAUUUCACAGUGAACUUCACUGUGACCAAUCUCCUCUACACGCCAACUUUAGGAAACCCAAAUUCCAAAAAAUUUAUUGCUACAAAAAAAACUCUGACAUACUUGCUUGAUCAUGUGCUCAAGAACAGCAGCAUUAGCCCUGCUUACACUGGGUGUGCAGUGGUGGCACUAAGGUCUGUGAGGAACGGAGAGGGCACUGCCAUGGAUGCAGUCUGCACAUAUAGAACCAAUGCUACCACUACUGAAUUUGAUCGAAUGAAGGUUUAUCACGAGUUCAGCAAGAUGACAGCCAGCUGCACUGAGCUAGGACCCUACAUGCUGGAUGCAGCGAGUUGUUAUGUUAGUGGUUAUAAUGAACUGCAGCCUGGACUAUCUGCUGACCAAAGUACACAACCUCUGCCACCAGCAGUAAGGAACUUCACACUGAAUUUCACUAUAACCAACCUCCAGUUCACUACAGAUCUGGUGAUGUCAAAUUCUAAAAGGUUCAAGUCAACAGAAAAAGUCAUAUACCAUUAUGUUGACACUCUACUCCAAAAAAGCAGCAUCGGCUCUGCUUAUAUUGGCUGCAAAGUAAUGGCAUUCAGGUCAAAGGACAAAGAUGACACGGGAGUAGAUGCCAUCUGCAGCUAUAGAGACGAGCCUUCAGAUCCCAAGUUCAACAAAGUUACCAUUUACCAUGAGCUGAGCAAUAUGACAAAUGGCAUCACCAAGAUGGGACACUACAACCUUAACAGCCAGAGCCUCUACAUUAAUGAUUACAAUGAACUGCAUACUCUGUCACUGGUGAAGCCAACCACCACACAAAGCCCAGGACUGGUGAUAGAGCAAUUCACACUGAACUUCACAAUAACCAACCUCAGGUUCACAACAGACCUAGGGAUACCAAAUUCUGCUAAAUUCAGUUCCACUGAGAAAAUAAUGCAACAUUACAUUGACCCCCUGCUUCAGAAGAGCAGCAUUGGCCCCUAUUUCACUGGCUGCAAAGUAACAGGAUUCAGGUCAGUGAGGAACAUGGAUAACACAGGAGUAGACACCAUCUGCAGCUAUGGAAAUGGCUCCCAAGUGCCUAAGUUUGACCAGGCGAAGGUUUAUGAAGAACUAAGGAGCAUGACAAACAGCAUCACUAAAUUAGGAAUCUAUAACCUGGACAACAAGAGUCUCUAUAUCAAUGGUUACAACAAACCACUUGAGAGAUCAUCUCUGAGCACAACUACUGCACCAAGCCCAACAUCCAGGCAUUUCACACUGAAUUUCACCUUGACCAACCUCCAGUAUACUGCAGAUCUGGAUGUACCAAGUUCCCACAAAUUCAUUUCCACAGUGAAAGUUAUCAACCAUUAUAUUGACCCUCUUUUCAAAAGAAGCAGCAUAAGCUCUGCCUACACAGGAUGUAAAGUGAUGAGAUUUAGGUCUGGGAGAGACAGGUAUGACACAGGCAUAGAUGCCAUCUGCAGCUACAAAAACAACGUCAGCCUUGCCAGGUUUGACAGAGAAAAGGUUUAUCACGAGCUGAGCAUCAUGACAAAUGAUGUCACCAAACUAGGGCACUACAGCCUGGAGAAGAACAGCCUGUAUGUUGAUGGUUUCCCCCUCACAGACUCAGCUAUCGCCAGAAAGCCCAUCUUGACUGAAGCUUCAGCCAAAUUGGGCUACAGAUUGAGUUUUAGAAUAGUCAAUGAAAACCUAACUAACCCAGACUCUCAGUCUCCAGAAUACAAAGCAGCAGUGGAAAGCAUCAGUAACAAGAUGAAUCAACUGUACCGUCAGAGCAACCUGCGGGACCAGUUCCUGAACUGCAGUAUCACAAGACUGAGGACUGGAUCCAUAGUGGUCGACUGCAAGUGCUUCUUCCAGCCAGAGCCCAGCAUCAGCCAGGCUGUGGUUCAAAGGGCCUUUCAGGACGGGACUUCAAAUGCAACUGGACUAUGGCUGGGAAGCAGUUACCAGCUGCAGGAAUUCUCAGUAGACAGCUUGGAACUAGCAAUUGAGGCAGCAACUUACAAAACACCCCUCAAGUCUGGGAAAGAAAACUUCAGAUUAAAUUUCAGAAUCUCCAACCUUCCCUACUCUCCAGAACUGCAGGACUCCAGGUCACAGACGUACCAAGCAAACAAAGAGAAAAUUGAGAAAGAGCUUGAUGUAUUCAGAACUAGCAGCCUGAAGGACUGCUUUGCUGGCUGUACUGUUGAGAGCUUUGGGCCUGUCCAUGGGAAAGCUUAUGCAAGUGUUGCCUCCCUCUGCAAAUUCACACUGGACCCCUUGUCACGGACUUUACAAAAGCAAGAGGUGUAUGAGGAGCUGAAACGCCUGACACAUGGGUUCACCAAGCUGGGCCCCAGCUAUGAGCUGGAAGAGCAGAGUCUGGUCCUUGAAGGUUACUCUCCACUCAAGACAGAUGAGCAGGAGUCUGAAAGAUCUGGGCUUCAGUUCUGGGCCAUUAUCCUCAUCUGCAUUUCCACCCUGCUCGGCUUCAUUCUCCUCCUCUUGUUAUGCUUCCUGACUGUCUUUUGCCUAAGAAGAAAGUCACAUCUAUACCAGGUCCAACAAGGCAUGUAUGGGGUGUACUUCCCACAUCUGAACACACGAAAAGUACAUUAAUGUAACAGAUGAAAUCUGUCU